AUGCACAAAAAGGCGCCAUUGCCCGGGGCGCUCGACAAGCCCCUCGACGACUUUGUAGCAGGGCACAUCGCGCCAUCUUCCAGUCGCGUGCCUCCCAUUCACCGAGAAGUGACCACCUGCUACGCCUAUAUGUGCUCCUACGCCUACGGCUGCACCGAGAAGACGCGCCGCCCGGCGCAGGUUCUUAUGCGCCGCUGCAUGCGAUACAAGCCGGAGGAACUGCGAAUCCGCGCCGGCGUCUCAGACUACGCGCUCGACCUGCUCGCCAAGCGGCGCAAUUCGGGUGAGGGCAUUGCCGAUGAGACCGCCGCGAUACUCGACGAGCUGCGCCCCGACGGUCCGUUGCGCAAGAUCGCCUGA